AUGGAACGUUAUUUUUCUGUCACCAAGUCCCGAACGACUGCCUCUGCAAACCCCAAUAAGACUACCGGCUCCAGUUUAGCAACUCGUUCGACCAAGCAUUUUAAUACAAGACUCAAACCUUAUGUCACGAAGAAAGAAGAGCGUAAUCCCAAGUCGCUCCUAACCCACUUGCCUGACGAUGUCACUCCUUCAUCGACUGUGAUCACUAAGCUAUUAUUGAAGACUCUAAAUGAUGAACUAAAUCCAAUAACGCACUCCGACAUUGGCCUUCGUUCCGAUCAUGUUGUUUCGAUGGCGGGAGGACACCAGCACGCAGAAGAACGACGACAUCGCGGAUACCAUGAAGAACGUAAUCGAAAAUUGGCCGAACAGGCGGAAAUUGCCACAAAAUCGACUUCGGAUACCGAGCGCAAAGUGCUACGCGGUGUGAGGGUUUUUAUCAACGGGUAUCUUGCAGGAACGACAGACAUUGAGAUGAAGAGAAUCGUCACGGAAGCGGGAGGCUCAACAUUAGCGGCUGCCUCGGGGGCGACGCAUAUCUUAACUUCCCAACCUUUGAGCGGUUCCAAGACACAUAAGCUAUUGACGAAAAAGUUCAAGUCAAUAGUUCACGUGGUCAAACCCGAAUGGGUGUUCGACAGUAUUAAAGCGGGUAGGAGGCGCCCUGAACGAGAGUACGGUGUCAUCAAGGACAGCACCACGCAGAAAUUGUCUGAGAUGUGGAAGGAAUAA